AGAACGGAAAAAAACUCGGACACAAUAAGCGUCGAGAUACGAGGGCAGACAAAUCUUAUUAAGCUCACGAGACCCAAUAGCGAUUCCAGCCUACCUGAAGGUGAAGGACCUCGAACGCCAAAAGCAAACCGGUCAGCUGGGAUUGUCACUAAAUCUCCAAGACUGGGCCUCGGACAAAGAUCUCCAACCAAAGCUACAAUCCCAAGCUCCGAAAUUCAGUCUUUGAGGAGGGAAGAAAAAAUUCUCCUUGAAAAGCACAAGAGGCUUUCGCUAGCUAAGCUUUAUUCGGCCCCCGCUGAGAAAUGGAAAGUUGCUUGCUGCGAGGCCAUCGAUAAGUUAUAUAAUAUUUUAUUGGAAUCCGGCCGGUCCAUUGAUAGGAGGGAUUUUAUAAAGUCAUUGCAGCUUUCCGACCAACUUUUGGCCCAACUAGACAUGCCAGAGGCCGAUUAG